AUGUCUUGGGAACUUGGAACCCCAAACCUUCCAUUCCAACCUCCUCGUUCGACCACUAGCAUUGGCGACCUACUUUUCCAGCUCAAGCAUGCUCAAAAGAUCGGAGACAGGAGACCGACAACCCAAGGGAGCCUCCUCAACAAAAGGAUCAACGAUUUCCAAAAGAUCUUUUACACCCAGGAUGGCAUUCAUGGAAGGGACCUUUUCGACCUCCAAGCUGAUGAGCAUCGUUUCGGCUUGAUGGAAAUGGCUCACAGCUUCUUACUUCAACAAGGCUCCAUGUUCUGGCCUGCAGAUGCUAGCCACUACAAUUACAAGCCAGAUCUCGUUAUUGAUCGGGACAGAGAGGAGAUACAAUCCACCCUGGCACAGAUAUUCUACAAGAAAAACCUGUCUAGGUCCAAGAACAUUCCUAUUCGAGAGUCCGAUAUACAGCCAUCUCAACUACUCGUUUUCAAAGCAGAGCCUUCACAAGAGAUCGAAGCCUUUGAUACAAGCAAUCUUUCAACUCAACCCGAGGCUGCUUCCGAAACAGAUACCGCUACGCACAUUGAAGUGUAUGGGAAUGAGCCUGGCUCGUCUACAGCAUCGGUAAGGACUAGUCGUUCCUCACCUGGAAGAGGUUUCGACCGGUCGUGGGCUGCUUCUCCGAGCAGUGUUAGCUCAGGCGCCACUCCUGAACAUGUAUCGGUCCGCCAAAGCGGUACCCCAGAGCCAGCCAUGGUUGAGUCGAUUGAGGGGCUUAGCAGCUCCGGAUUUGGAAGCGACUCCAGCCCAAAUGUUGAUGUGAACCACGGUUCAACCUUGACGUGCCGCACACCUUCGGCAGCCCCAGAAUCAGAGGCCUCUUCCUGGAUGUCCUGGACCAUACGCUGGGCCGGAAACUUCGCAAUGAGCCUUUCUAUUGCUAGAGACUCGAAUCCUCCGGAGUAG